AUGAAUUACUCAUACAAAAGAUACUGGGAGCCCUCAACAGCUGAAGUAAUCGGAUUGUCAUUAUCUGUUAAUACUAUUUCAGCUGCCCUUACUUAUCCUAUCGAAUUCGUUAAGGUAAGAUCCCAAAUUAGAACUGAAGGAGUUGGUAUUCGUAGCAAGAACUUAUACAUGGGUAUCAAUCCCAACAAAGUAUUCCGUGAGAUUCAUGCCACUGGUAACGGAUUACGCGGUUUCUACCAAGGUUUUGAGUCCCACUUAAUUGGUCGUUUGAGCUACCUCUUCAUCAGAAAUCUUACCUAUAAGAUUAUUUACGAUAGAACCAAGCCAGUCAAGGCCCAUAAUGAUCUUUCUCAUAGAGAAAAGGGUGUUAUCGCUGGUUUUGCAGGUGGUUUGGCUGCAUUUUUAACAUCUCCUGCUGAUUUAGUCAAUACUCGUACCAUCGCUGAAGGUGGUAAGCCCAAGGAAUGGAGAUGGGGAUAUAAAGGUUUAAUGGACGGUAUCAACAAGAUUGCUGCCACUGAAGGUGGUAAUGCCGCCCUCUUCAGAGGUUCCUACGCCAACGUUCUUAGAGCCGUCAUCCUUAACAUCAGUUUGACUGGUCCUUUUGAUUAUUUAAAUGAAAAGAUUUGGAUUACUUUUGGUGAUAUGACCUGGAAUAAAUAUGCUGCACUUCUCUGGGCCUCCUUCUGGGGUAGUGUUGCCACUCUUCCCUUCGAUAAUAUUAGAACUCGUCUCUAUGCUCAAAACGCUGACCCUACUAAAAAUAGAUUAACUUAUUCUGGUUGGGCUGAUGCUGCCAAAAAAUUAAUCUAACACGAAGGUAUUAGCGGUUUCUAUGUUGGUUUCUACGCCUUCUACAUUCGUACUUUCCUUUAUGCUUGGACUACCGUUUUCAUCACUGAUAAAAUUACCUCUGACUGGAAGAGAAAGGCUGGCCUCAAGGAAUGGCAAAUUUGA